AUGAAACAGUCCAUGGAAUUUGACGAGGAGGAGUUCCCGGAGGGAGGAUUUGGAUGGUACGUUGUUUUGGCAUCUUGGUGUGGAAUGGCAUGUACGUUUGGUAUGGUUAACAGUUUUGGAGUAUAUCAAUCAUUCUACCAAACUGAGUUGUAUUCUGGAGAGAAGGCAUUCAAAAUUAAUGUCAUUGGUUCUUUACAACCGGCAUGUAUGUAUUUCUUUUGCACUGCGACCGUCUAUCUUCAUCAUUAUUUUGGAGUUCGACUUACCGUUGCAUUGGGUGCCUUGAUACAGCUCAUUUCAUUGAUGAUGAUGUCCAUAACCAACAAAAUAUGGCAGUUGUUCCUCACGCAGGGAGUGCUGUUUGGAUUUGGAAGUGGUAUGAUAUACUUCUCUGCCUUAACGAUACCCAUGCAUUGGUUCAAGAAGAAGAAAGCUUUUGCAAUUGGAAUUGCCAGCUCAGGUUCCAGUAUCGGUGGAGUAAUUUGGCCGAUUGCAGUCAGGAGGCUUAUAUCAGCCGUCGGGUUUAAUUGGACCAACAGAAUUUUGGGAUUCAUUUAUAUCCCAAUCUCAGCAAUACUGAUUCUUUUCCUAAAGCCUAGGUUACCCAUCAAGCUUCAAAAAACUGAAAACUCCGUGUCAUUUUAUCGCCCACGGUUUUAUCGUGAUCUGAAGUACUAA